UUGUAAUUGAGGUGGUUGUAUCUUCAUGCCUAUAGCUAUAUAUCUUAGGGACGUAUGUUAUCUUAUCAAUUGAUCCGUGAUCGUAAGGUAAUUUGUUAAAUGUUAGAAGUGGAAGUGGUUUGUGUAAAAUUGAAAAAUGAAUACGCUCAGGUUUUAUUUUGUGACCUGGAACGUUGCCACUAAGUCUCCAAGUCAAGACCUGAAUGCACUAUUGGAUUUUCCAUCGCAGUUUAAUAAACACAAACCAUUACCAGAUUUUUAUGUUAUUGGGUUACAAGAAGUAAAGUCACAACCGCAAAACAUGGUCAUGGACAGUAUUUUCACAGACCAGUGGACAUCAACUUUUAAUAAAAUUCUGUGCAGACAAGGAUUUGUUAUCGCCAAAACUAUGCGGUUGCAAGGCAUCGUUAUACUUGUUUAUACACAAAUGAAACAUGUCACACGUUUAAGGGAUAUACAGGCUCAGUAUACUAAGACUGGUUUUGGUGGAUUAUGGGGUAACAAAGGCGCUGUAAGUGUAAGAUUUAAUUUAUAUGGGUGCUCGUUUUGCCUCGUAAAUUGUCAUUUGGCAGCCCACGAACAUGCACUGGCCGAUAGAAUAACCGAUUGCAACAUUAUUUUACAAGAACACACCUACGAGCUCCAGGAGACAUCAAAUAUUUUGUUUCACGACUAUGUAUUUUGGCUAGGUGAUCUUAAUUUCCGCCUGGAAUACCCACCUGAGAUUAGUCUCACACCGGAGGAAAUAGUUGAACAAUUGCAGAAAAUAGAAAAGGAUAAAUACGCAUCGCUUUUAAAAUACGAUCAGUUGUUUGCGGUGAAGGAGAGUGGUCAAGCGUUGUCGGAGUUCACUGAGGGUGAGAUUCGAUUCCCGCCGACAUAUAAAUAUGUUAUCAACACCUAUGAUUAUGACCUGAAGAGAAAGCCGUCAUGGACGGAUCGAGUGUUAUAUAAGGUGAAUGCGGAUAAUUACGAAAAUAUAACUUUGAGAGCGGAUCUUAUAUCAUAUAAUCACGUACCACAUUACAUGGUCAGUGACCAUAAGCCGGUGGUAGCACAAUUUAAUGUAAAGGUACGUCAGACAUUCCCUCGCACGGUGCUUGCCGAAGAACCUGUGACCAAAGUUUCAAGGUCGUCUAUACGCAUGCGUUCAGCUUUAGUAAUGCCCAUGAAUGAUGAAGCUGGUGAUUUAGAAACUCCUAUCGAAGGAGAUGAAUUGGAUGGAGACAUUGAACCCAGCAGUACAGCAGAUUUAGUCGAAUCUGCUGAAGAGAGUUUCGCGGAUUACACGGAGAAAAUCGUGGAGUUUGCGCCAAUUUCUCGUAUAUGGUACAUCGGUGAUGCGGACUUUAGAACGGAGUGUACUUUAUCUCAUGACGUCGAGAUCAACCAGGGUGAUUGGAUUGGUAUUUUUGAUGCGAAUUUCCAUAGUCUAGACGACUAUAUAACAUAUGACUAUGUAAGCAAAGUGGGUAUUCAAGAAACGCCUCACGUCGCUGGAGAGUCUCGGACUAUAACGUUGAGUUUUCCCGUUGGCAGUGGGGUUAGAACUCCCGGAUUCUACAGAUUCAUAUACUUCAGCCAACCGAGUAAUGACGUCAAGAGUGUUUUGGGCAUCUCCGAUCCAUUCGAAGUGAGCAGUAAGGAAGACCAACUGGCUUCCAUAGACCCAUGUUCAGAGGCGUCUGGUAGUACAUCUAAACCGAUGUCGGCAAACACAGACGUAUUCACAGAUUUCACAGGCCUCGAUGUGGCGAAGCUUUCCCGCCAUUUCUCAAACGACCUGAGCAUUGACUGACUAAAAACAUAUCUGUCACCGACAAUGAGACGCAAGAACGGGGAUGGGUAAAAUUAUAUUUUCUAUUUUAAGUUUAAUAUGUUAUUGUAAAAGCUAUUAUAUUGCCAAUUAAUUUGCCAUAUUAGCUGGAUAUUUCAAACUGUUGUAUGUAGUUGUACGUAUAUGGUCGUGUAAUUUAGAACAAUUGAAACCUUGUUUCAAGAGCUCUAAGUUUGACAGCUGUCAAAUAAUAGGGCUUUUAAAAUAUUUAUGUUUAUUUUAUCCGUGAGUUUAGAGAUUUUAUUACUACGUUAUCUAAAUGUUAUUUUAUUGUAAUGCCUUUUACCUGCUUGACAAAAUACCCUCUUAGUUAUUAAAACUAAAAAGCAUAUUGUUUACCGUCUUUCAUCUCUUUCUGUCAAAUUUUGCACAUUCCGAUGAAGAGUAGUUUAGUUAAAAUUGUACACUGUUACUAUCAAAGUAAUUCAUGCAUUAACGGUUAACUAAGGUAAGGUAUUAUGGUAUUAAUUAUAAUAAUAUGAUGUUCAUAAAAUAACGCGAUAGGAAUCUAUCACGUAAUUUGGCAAGAUUUUGGAACCAAUGAUAAAGCUUGGUGGAAACGUACGCGUACGAGUAUUUAAGUUUUCACGCGUAUGAGUAUGCGUAUGUCUUUUUAAUGGAAAUAAAAACAAUUAGAUUUUGGGUAGAAUAUAGGUAAAAGUAGUGAUUAUUCACGAUUUUUAGGAAAUGUAUUUUAGCCUAAUCGUUGCUUAGCCUUGUCUCUUUAAAAGCGUGCAAUAGAUAGAGAUGUAUAUAUUUUGUGCUGUACGAGCACAAUAUAGACAAUAAUGGAGGUACUUACUAUGCGUACUUAUAGUUCGGGUACCUGAUGUAUUAUUUCGGUAUUAAUUUAUAUAAUAAAGCUUAUGAGUUGAAAUGUAAUAUAUGUAAUACAUGAUUAUUUAUUCAAUGAUGUAUAAUAAGAUUACAGAUAGAUACAGAUACAUUUCAAUUCGUACGCUAUGUUACGUUAAUUUAAAUCCGACGAAAUUUUGACAUGUAUAAAAAAUAACUGUAAUAAUAUUAUUUAUGUCGAUUUAUAUGUCGAUUUGUAUGCAUAGUAGAAAUAAAUCGUGUAACUUAUAUGGGAAAACAUAGCAAAAAAUAGCACACUUCGAAUAUCUAUAAUAUUGAAUUCAUUGUCUUUCUUUCUGAAAUCUUAAACUACAGGAAAUACA